GCUUCUUAGCUGAUUUUAUUUGCUUACUUUUUAUCUUUGCCGAGACUCCUAAAGAAAACCAAAAACACAGAACAAGAACAAAAUGUUCCCUACUAUCAAAUUCAUCUUCCUUGUCACUACAUACACUCUCUUGAUUCCUUCAAUUGCAUUUGAAUCAGAGUCCACAGACCCAAUUCCAGAACCAUGGCCUCAACAAUUCCACGCAAUUACCAUUAUGAACUACACUCAAGGUCUUAGGAAAGUAGACCUUUGGUACGACUGGCCAAACAAAAGGUACAUGCAUAUAAACCAAUACCAAUUGGGAAAGACUUUGUAUGAUGUUGAAUGGCAAAAUGGUACUUCCUUUUAUUUCACUUUGGAUUCUACUCAAGAGUGUACUAUCAGGCAUUUCCCAGUGGGAAUUCUUAGACCUAAUUGGCUUGAAGGUUCAAAUUACGUAGGACAAAAGUACAAGGAUGGAUUCCUUUGUAAUGUUUGGGAGAAAGUUGGUUUCUUACAGUAUUACGAGGAUGCUGUUACCAAGAUUCCUGUUUAUUGGCAUUUUUAUGAUGGAUUGGUUGAACAUAUAAUGACAUUUGAGGCUGGGAAAGUGCUGGAGAAUUCAAAGUGGCAAGCCCCUGCUUACUGCUUCAAGGAUGUCGAGAAAGAAAGUAGAUCUUUGCUAGAAAACUUGGCUACCAAUCACUUCCGAGAUGUCACAGAGAAUUGACCUAUUAAUUGAGUGAUCCUAUGAUAGACAUUGUUUACCAUGUUAUGUUGCUUCGAGUCGGAAGGUGGAACCAAGAUUUUUUAGCAGUGUUAUUGUGUAUACAGAGUAUAUAUAUACCAUCACUUUAAUUUAUAUCUUCGCGACAAUUUGUUUCUGA